AUGUCACCAAAAGCGCGUUCGUCGGUUUCCCGUCGUCGUUGUCCACUUGCUAUCCACGCAUCAUGGCGUUGACGACAAAACUUUGACCAUGAGUAUUGUGAACAGCCAUGUCAUGUAGCCGCUCGCUUUCCACCCAUACGCUGGCAAGUGUUAAGAGGGUGUUUGUCGCCAACCCCGCAUGCUCGUGCCGGAGUCUCCGCUGGCUGCCCCCUCCAGGAUUGCGACCUCUGGGCCGUCGUGCUCCACCGACGCGCGACCUUUGAGGGGCGUCGCGCAUUUCAAGGGACGAAGACGAGCAUUUGACCAAAACUGGACAGACUUUGCGGGAUGCCGAGCUUCUUAGUGCGGCGCGAUCAGAGCGAGUGUCAACUCUGGUGGGGGUCUUCCUCGUUGACCGCAGUGUUGGGACAAGUCCUCUCCUUUGGCCUGCUUCUGUUCCUCUCCUGCAUAAAAACCAGCCUGCGUGCCGCUCGACACCCACGUUCGACGUCCUCCGCGACCUCCGCGACCUCGCCCCCAGUGUCACCUUCCUGCCCGCAGGCCCCUCGUAGCCCGCCGUCAAAACAAAGCACACGCUGCUAUGCAGACCUCAGCAGUAGCAGCGGUCCGAUCUCCUCCAUUCGGCUACCUCUCCCCGCCCAUCGACGGCUGCGACGCCUCGUCUGAGGAUGGUGACACACUCCAGACACCUUUAACAGAGCAUGACAUACACCACCAGCCAUAUGCUGUUUAUCAUCAGCACUCGCACCACUUCUCGCACGAUCUCUAUCACUCUGACGUUCCCCAACCCGAGCACAGCCUCGCGAAACCUGAGCCAGAGCACCACCAAGGUUGUGCCCCGUUCUCCGCUCUUUUGACCCCCUCUGCAACCGAAAAAUUUGGACGCGCAACCGCCAACGGCUGCGAGUACUUUUCUAGCUUCUCUCCCCCACACGCGUUGGAUCUCGCAAAUGCGUCGCUCGAGUUCAACUCAUUCUCAGCCUCGUUUGCCGCGGCUUACAGCUCGAAUCACGUCUCCUCCGCAAACUCCGAACGCGAUGCGUACGCGCAGGAUACACCGUCGUAUGACAUCGCCGAUAGUCCGUUCGAGUACAUGGAUGAUCGCUACGAGGAGACUGGACCUGGCCAGACAGUGCUGGCCUCUGCAGACUCCUGCGAACUCUCGGCACUGCCUGCACUCUCCAUCUCCGCCCCCUCGCUCGAUGCCUUCGACAUCGGCGAGCAAGGCAGCUCGCUGCUACUCGCACCGGCCUCUAACAGACCAGACUUGCAGCAUGCCGCGGCGUCGGAUGACCUCCUUCACGCCAAGGGCCGCAUAUAUUCGCCGCGUUUCCCGGCGGACCAUUCCCUGAAUCCGUUCUUUGUGACAAGCUACGAACUUGGCGACGAGCUCGGCGCAGGCGGCUACGGCUUUGUCAUGACGGCCCGUCACCGGACGGAAGAAUACGAGGUUGCGGUCAAGUUCAUCAUCAAGGACAAGGUCCCAGAACAUGCGUGGUGGGACGACGAAAUGCUUGGCCGGGUGCCGACAGAGGUUAUGAUCAUGUCCCUGGUCGACCACGAGAACAUCGUCAGGUGCUUGGACUUGUUUGAGGACGACCUUUACUUUUAUCUCGUGAGUCGACAAUUAUUGGUGGGUAUAUGCGCGUCUCAUGGCCGAAUCAAGGUCCAAGAACUCCAUGGAACACCUUGGGUGUCCAGGAAAAAGAAGCCCAAGCAGAUUACUGCGCCUGGGAAGCUGGUUGCACCGUCUCCUACCCUGUCCACCCCUUCUUUGACCCCUUCGCCUUCGACGGACACCAACGUAUCCCUUCCGCCCACGCCGCCACAAGCAUCUGUUGGGCUGCCUGAUGUUUCGGAAAUCCAGCCUGAGCCUCUCAAAGUCGUUUCUCAUGAUUCCGAGAUGGCCCUUGUCCCUGAGCAUACUGCUGAAGACGGCGCAGAGUCCUCCGAGGAUGGCAAUCAGAAGGUCGUCGAGAAGAAUAACGGCUCCAGUCAAGGAUAUCUCCAACCUCCGCCGCCACGCCCAAAUUUUUCUCGCCGUCCAUCGUAUGAUCUCUUCGAGUGCAUCGAACAGAGCAAGCACAAGCGGCUCUCGGAGAACCACGCGCGCUACGUUUUCGCACAGGUCGUCGAGGCUGUGUCCUACCUCAACAGCCAGGGUAUCACGCACUGCGACAUCAAGGACGAGAACCUCGUCAUCGACGCCGAGUAUCGCGUCAAGCUCAUCGACUUUGGCAGCGCCGUCAUCGCGGACCCGUACGCGCCCGCGCCGUACUAUACACUCUUCUUCGGCACGACCGCGUACGCGUCGUCUGAGAUCCUCCGCAAGGCACCGUACCGCGCCGCGCCAGCCGAGGUGUGGACCCUCGGCGUGCUCCUCUCGUACCUCCUCACGGGCCACUCGCCGUUCCCGACCGAGCAGGACGCCGUCGACGGCCGCGUCGUCGUGCGCGAGCGCGGCGGCGCGGGCAAAAUCUCGCGCGCAGCGCUGAACCUCAUGGCGCGCUGCCUCGAGCGCGACCCCGAGCGCCGCACGGACAUAGCGGAGAUCCGCGGGCACCGAUGGCUGCAGGGCGCGCUGGAACGCGACGGUGAGCGCGAGCAGUAAGGAUGUACUGUGCGCUCUUUUUCUUGUCUACCCUUACGUUAUAUGCGGUAUAAUCGCCUUGUGUACUUUACUCCUCGUAGUCGCGCAUUUUUUUCACUGUCGUUCCUCCCCUUUUUUUUCAUGUUCGUUCUCAUAUCAUCCUUUUCUUCUGGUCACAUCUGUAGCUGUCUUUCUUUCCAUCCAUCUCGUCGUGUAGCAUCAUGUCUCUUGUAUUUGUGUCCACCUUCAUGUAGAAUGUAGAGUAUUUGUAGAGUACUAUGUCAUACCGCAAACACUUAAUCUAAUACCAGUGAGCUAAUCUA